GAUGGCCAAAAGAAAGGAAGAAAAUGUUUUGCCUCCUGAAAAUGCUAAAAGACCAAGACUAGAAGAGUUGGAAGAUUUUGAUAGAGAUGGUGACGAGGAUGAAUGUACAGUGUCUUUUACUAAUGGGACUUCUACCUUGACUGCAGCCGAGGUUGGAAUAAUUGAGAGUAUUCAGUUAAAAAACUUCAUGUGCCAUUCGAUGCUUGGACCCUUUAAAUUUGGUUCAAAUGUCAACUUCGUUGUUGGAAAUAAUGGAAGUGGGAAGAGUGCAGUUCUCACAGCUCUCAUAGUUGGACUUGGUGGAAAAGCAGUUGCCACAAAUAGAGGAUCUUCUUUAAAAGGUUUUGUAAAAGAUGGACAGAACUCAGCAGAUAUCUCGAUCACAUUAAGAAACAGGGGAGAUGAUGCUUAUAAAGCAAACGUGUAUGGGGACUCGAUAAUUGUACAGCAGCACAUCACCAUGGAUGGCAGCCGGUCUUACAAACUGAAAAGUGGAACAGGCACUGUGGUUUCUACUAGGAAAGAAGAGCUGAUUGCAAUUCUGGAUCAUUUUAACAUACAGGUGGAUAAUCCAGUUUCUGUUUUAACACAAGAGAUGAGCAAACAGUUCUUGCAGUCUAAAAAUGAGGGUGACAAAUACAAAUUCUUCAUGAAAGCAACCCAACUUGAACAGAUGAAGGAAGACUAUUCAUACAUUAUGGAAACAAAAGAAAGAACAAAGGAGCAGAUAAAUCAAGGAGAAGAGCGACUUAUUGAACUCAAGCGCCAGUGUUUGGAGAAAGAAGAACGAUUUCAGAGUAUUGCUGGCCUCAGUACAAUGAAGACUAACUUAGAAUACCUAAAACAUGAAAUGGCUUGGGCAGUGGUCAAUGAAAUUGAAAAACAAUUGAAUGCUAUCAGAGAUAAUAUAAAAAUUGGGGAAGAGCGUGCUGCUCGGCUUGAGAGGAAAAUGGAAGAUCAGCAGGUCAGACUUAACGAUGCAGAAAGAAAUUACAAGGAUAUUCAAGAUAAAUUGGAAAAAAUUAGUGAAGAGACACAUGCAAGAGCACCAGAAUGUAUGGCACUGAAAACAGAUUUAAUUGCUAAGAAAAGGACCUUUAAUGAAGCUGAGGUUAUAUAUAACCGUUCCUUAAAUGAGUAUAGAGCUUUAAAGAAAGAUGAUGAACAGCUUUGCAGAAGAAUUGAAGAGCUUAAAAAAAGUACUGAUCAGUCUUUGGAACCUGAGCGAUUGGAAAGACAAAAAAAAAUAUCAUGGUUAAAAGAGAAGGUAAAGGGUUUACAGGAUCAAGAAAUUUCUGUCAAUCAAGAUAUCGAACAAUUUCAGCAAGCCAUAGAAAAGGACAAAGAAGAGCAUACUAGAAUUAAGAGAGAAGAAUCAGAUGUAAAGCAUAUACUGAACUAUAAUCAGAGGCAACUGAAGGAACUGAAAGAUAGUAAAACUGAUAGACUGAAAAGAUUUGGACCUCAUGUUCCAGCUCUUCUUGCUGCAAUAGAUGAUGCCUUCAAACAUGGACAGUUUGCCUAUAAACCUAUAGGCCCUCUAGGAGCUUGCAUUCAUCUUCGGGAUCCUGAGCUGGCUUUGGCUAUUGAAUCUUGUUUGAAAGGACUUUUGCAAGCCUAUUGGUGUCAUAAUCAUGCUGAUGAAAGGGUACUUCAAGCAUUGAUGAAAAAGUUUUAUUCACCAGGAACCUCAAGGCCACAGAUAAUUGUUUCUGAAUUUCGGAAAGAGAUGUAUGACGUACGACACAGAGCUGCUUAUCAUCCAGAUUUUCCAACAGUUCUCACAGCUUUAGACAUAAAUAAUGCAGUUGUUGCCAACAGCCUCAUUGACAUGAGAGGCAUAGAAACAGUGCUGCUAAUCAAAAGUAAUUCUGUAGCUCGUGCAGUAAUGCAGUCCCAAAGGCCACCCAGAAAUUGUAGAGAAGCUUUUACUGCUGAUGGUGAUCAGGUGUUUACAGGACGUUAUUACUCAUCUGAAAACACAAGACCCAAAUUACUAAGCAGAGAUGUAGAAUCUGAAAUAAGCGACCUGGAGAAUGAAAUUGAAAAUAAGAAGGCUCAGAUAUUAAAUCUUCAACAACAUUUGUCUGCCUUAGAAAAGGAUAUUAAACGUAAUGAAGACAUUGUUAAAAGGUGCCAACUACAUUAUAAAGAAUUAAAGAUGAAAAUAAGAAAAGGUAUUUCUGAAAUUCGGGAACUUGAAAAUAUAGAAGAACACCAAUCUGUGGAUAUUGCAACAUUGGAAGAUGAAGCUCAAGAAAACAAAGCCAAGAUGAAAAUGGUUGAAAAUAAUAUGGAACAACAAAAGGAAAAUAUGGAAUAUCUUAAAGGUGUGAAAAUAGAAGCAGAAAACAAGUAUGAUGCGAUUAAGCAGAAAAUUAAUCAAUUAUCAGAGCAAGCAGAUCCUCUUAAGGAUGAAUUAAAUCUUGCUGACUCAGAACUGGAUAACCAGAAGCGAGGGAAACGGCAUUAUGAAGAAAAACAAAAGGAACACUUGGAAACUUUGAAUAAAAAGAAACGAGAACUGGAUGUGAAAGAAAAAGAGCUAGAGGAGAAAAUGUCACAAGCAAGACAAAUCUGCCCAGAGCGAAUAGAAGUGAAAAAAUCUGCAUCAAUGCUAGACAAAGAAAUUAAUAGAUUAAGACAAAAGAUACAGGCCGAACAUGCUAGUCAUGGAGAUAGAGAAGAAAUAAUGAGGCAGUAUCAAGAAGCAAAAGAAACCUAUCUUGACUUGGAUAAUAAAGUGAAGACUUUAAGGAGGUUUAUUAAAUUGCUAGAAGAAAUAAUGACCCACAGAUACAAGACUUAUCAGCAGUUUAGAAGGUGUUUAACUUUACGAUGCAAAUUGUACUUUGACAACUUAUUGUCUCAACGGGCCUAUUGUGGGAAAAUGAAUUUUGACCAUAAAAAUGAAACACUUACUAUAUCAGUUCAGCCUGGCGAGGGAAAUAGAGCUGCCUUCAAUGACAUGCGAGCCUUAUCUGGAGGUGAACGUUCUUUUUCCACAGUUUGCUUCAUUCUUUCCCUGUGGUCCAUUGCUGAAUCUCCUUUCAGAUGCCUGGAUGAAUUUGAUGUUUACAUGGACAUGGUUAACCGAAGAAUUGCAAUGGACAUGAUACUCAAGAUGGCCGAUUCCCAGCGUUUCAGGCAGUUCAUCUUGCUUACCCCUCAAAGCAUGAGCUCACUUCCCUCAAGCAAACUAAUUAGAAUACUUCGAAUGUCUGAUCCUGAAAGAGGACAAACGACAUUGCCCUUCCGACCUGUGACUCAAGAGGAGGAAAAUGACCGAAGUUGAUUUGUAACUUCAUAUGGCAUGUCGUAAUGUUGAAAGAUUUGUAAAGGGAAAAUCAAUUUUGGACUAUUGGAUGAAAUAAAAUGUUACUGAAGAUAUUCAUAAGUAAAAGAAAAUCCUUUAUAUAUCUUGCCCAAUAAAAUAUGUAAAUACGCCUAGGAAGCAAACAAUAACCAGCAUUUUAAAUUUACUAUUU